UUGACUUGUCAAAAAUGUAAACACAAACGUCUCUGGUGGGGAAAAAAACAAAAAUAAAUACAAAAAGCUAAAAAGAUGUAUAAAAGCCGAAGCGACGUCGCUGUCGACGUCGCUGCCACCGCCGCUUUUUGGCCAGCUCUCAAGUGCGAUAUAAAAGCCCGGCCACAAGCCGCUCAACGAUCCACAGUCCAAAGUCGCUUGCAGCGAAAGACAUCUAUCUAUUCCCAGUGCACAGAAAGUUGAAUCGCCCCAGAAAAUAUGUACAAAUUCGUGUUGAUCGCCAGCCUGCUGGUCGCCGUCUGCAUGGCAGCUCCUCCCCGCGAGGAAACCGAAGCCGAGAAGUUAGAGAGGGAGGAGUACGAGAAUUAUCAGAAUGAAAACGCCCACUACUCAUUCAAUUCCCAAGUGGAUGAUAACAUCAACGAUGGACAAAUCUCGCGUACCGAGGAGCGCGAAGGAGGCACUGUUCGUGGUUCCUACAGCUACUUCGAUGGCUAUGUGAAACGCCGUGUUGAAUACAUUGCCGAUAAGAAUGGCUACAGGGUGCUCAAGGACGAGAUGGAGGAGGCCGGCAAUGGCCCAGUGUUCAACCCCGAAGGCCAAGCCGUCGUGGAGGGAUCUCUGAUUGGCAAAUACUCCAUCAAGUUGGACAAGACCGACGACGAGAAGCACUACAAGGACAUUCAUGCCUAGGACAUUCAUGAACUGAGGAUUUCUAACAUUUAGAAAAGAACUGAAUACUUUGUAGACCCCUAAAGUAGAGUAAAACACCAUCUGAACAAAAA